UCCUCUCCCGACGAAGCCCAGAGACGAGAGGCACCCACCUGCGCCGCCGCCAUCGCAGCAGCAGCAGCAACGAUGAGCAAGAGCGCCGGCGCGGCGGCGGGGCCGACGGCGGCGGCCGCGGCAGCCGCGGUGCAGAAGCAGAAGACGCUCCUCCAGAAGGCCGACGCCGACGUCUCCAGCCUCGUCGACAACUUCGCCGCCUUCAUCAACAUCGCGCGCGUCAACGACCCGCCCGUGCGCAACACGCAGGAGGCCUUCCAGAUGGACAUGCGCGGCUCCCGCUUGAUACAUUCAGCUGAUUCUCUGUUGAAACUAGUGUCAGAGCUUAAGAGAACAGCUAUCUUUUCUGGGCUUGCUUCGUUAACUGAAAAUGUGGAUAGGCGGAUUGAGAUCCUUAGUCAACAAGCUGAAGGAACAGAGAGAAUGCUGGAGAGGAUUGGGCAGGAGGCAGCAGGAAGCCUAAAGGAGUUGGAGGCACAUUACUACUCAUCUGUUGUGCGGACACCACCGGAUGAAUGAGGAUUAUCCCUUCUGAAUAGGCGUGGACUUUAAAGCAGUAGUGACAAUGACUUGUUCAGUAUGUCUUAUGUAAAAUCACAUUUAAUUUAAUCAAGAACUGAUUUGAUCUUUUAGCCCCAACUUUACUGUAUAAGUUGUUGGGAACUUGGGAUGCCUUUCUGGUUUCUACCUUUUUAGGCGUUCUAGUUUCCACCCAAACGAAGCUGUUUGCUCUCGUACGGCUGUGUAAUUUAUCUCUACGUGCUAAAUUGAUUACCUUGCAUUGGAGGAACAAUAUUGACGCUUAACAUGUGUUACAGCGGACUUGUUCAAACUGGUUAAUAUGAGUACAUACCAUUUUUUGCA